CCGAGCAGCCGGGGAAGAAGACACACCCUAACUACGCAGGGCCGCCUUAACACGUUGGACCAGUGAUGGCGUCCACAAGGUGUGCCCCGCCUCUCUGAAGCACAACCAGCCAGUGUGUUCGCCUCCUCCUCCUUCUCCUCCCCGCCUGGGUGUUGUCACGGAGGGAACAAAACCCCGAGCAGAGUCGACACUUCAGCGCCGAGACCUCGCCACUCUCCGGGGGUGACACACACGAUUCAUUCCCUCGUCGCCGGUAGUUUUUUUAAUUUUAUUUUUAAUUCUAUUUUUUAGCUCGAAUAGUUCAUUGCGUUCCGAGUGGAAAUACUCUCCCGAAACCCUUCCGGAUCCUGACCCGAGACGUCGGAAGGUUCUGUAGCAGCCAUGGGGGACGUCGUCUCAUCUCACCUGGAUGAAAGCAAGCGGGAGAUGAUUACAGAGAAGACCAAAGAUGUGAUGCGAAACUUCAGUGACGUGUACGAACAGCAGUACGCGGUUGCUCUCUUCAACAGCGUCCGCUACGAGAUUGAAGGAGGAGCUGGGCCACAGUCACAGAUGCUGCACCGAAAGGACCCUUUGGCUGGCCGAACAAUCUUUUCAGGAUGUUUGUUUCAGUACCUAGAGGAGAAUCGCAAGUGGAGAAAUCGCUUCGUUUUUGUGCCAAACAACUACGCCAUCAACCUCCAUGAGAGCAAAACAGCACAGGAGCGAGGACUGCAUCCUAAAGUUACCAUCAACUGUGCUGGCUACAAGGCCUUGACCUCUAUGGAAGAGUACAUGGAACUGAUUAACAGCAGCCUUCCAGGUAUCAAAUCAAAUGUGGGAAGCAGUCCCUUCAUCAAGUGUGCGACUCAGUUCCCUCUGAUCCUGUGGCACCCGUAUGCUCGUCAUCAUUACUUCUGUGUUCUGACUGAGAAGGAGCAGCAGAAAUGGCACGCUGUUUUGCAGGACUGUGUCCGACACUGUAACAAUGGUCUGCCAGAGGACUGUACUGUUCAGACACCGGCAUUCACUGAUUCUGUGAGACUGUACAGACAAGCCAAGGGACACUAUGGAACCUGGGAUAUGAUGUGUGGAACUCCCCCACAGAUUCUGACAAACCUGGUGAUGGAGAGCCUCCAUCCUGAGCUGAGGAAUAUGAUUGGGCCUCGUCUAAAGGGGAAGACGCAGCAGAGGCAGAGGAAUUGGAUGUUUAUAUCUGAUGCUGUGUACAGGCAGGUUUUGGCCCAGACCAGCAGUCAGUAUGAUGCUCUGCUCGAAGCCUGUGAGACUCAGAAAAUUGAACUGGAUUCUCGGCUAAGAACCAACAUGGACCAAAUCAUUGCAUCCAAAGAGCAUGUCAGCAGCAAGAUUCGAGCCCUGGUGUUGCCCAAAGCAGAGGCUCUCCUGAGGAGGAGCGUCCAAACUUACAUCAGUUCCAUCUUAGAGGCCUUGAUGGAGCCCACCAGCCGAGGUUUCGCCGAAGUCAGAGAUGUUUUCUUCAGGGAGGUGGUGGAGAUUAGCAAGAACUUGUUAAACGGAGGAGGCAAAGACAAAAUGGGAGAACACAUGGAGAGGCUCUCUAUGCUGGCCUUCCACCCUGUCAAAAUGCAGAGUUGCUACGAAAAGGUGGAGGAGCUGAAUCUGGAGGGGCUCCAGCAAAGGUUCGACGUGUCCAGCCCCUGUGUGUUUGUCAGCAGGGCUCAGAUCCUCAUGAGGGAGCAAAUGGACAACGCAGUACACACCUUUGAGCAGCUUCUGCAGCAGUCUCUGACUGCACAGGGAGACAAUGACUUGUGCAAAACCAUUCAAGGGUGUCAGGACAGAGUUCUCAAGAAAUAUGAUUAUGACAGCAGCACAAUACGCAAGAAGUUCUUCAGAGAGGCUCUGCUGCAGAUCAUCAUCCCGUACAUGCUGCAGCAGCUUUCACCUUCUUGCACACCUGAGCUGCCACAUUUUAAAGAGCUCAUCUUUGAGGACUUUUCUCGCUUCCUGCUUGUGGAAAAUAUGUUCGAAGAGGUGGUGCUGCAGUCCGUCACCAAGGACAUCAUGAUGGCUGUGAAGGAGGCUGCCGUCCAGAGGAGACACAACCUCUACAGGGACAGCAUCGUGAUGACCAACAGCGACCCCAACCUCCACCUGCUUGGAGAAAGCUCCCCUGUGGACUGGGCCACCAAAUUUCCUAGCGAGGAUCCGGAAGCUGUGAACAGCGGCGGCGAGGACGGAUGCUCUGGCAACAGACGCAAGCAGGUGGUGUCCAUGAUCCAGCUGGACGGAGUACCUCUGCCCUACGAGUCGUGUCUGGAAGUUCCAGGGGUGGAACUCAUCCCGGAGGAGGACGCCGUGGCAACCGCGGAGGAGGAGGACGCUCACCUGAACAAGGACGAUCUGGAGGAAAUCAAAGAUCUCCUCGAUCGCGUGGUAGAGUUGGAUGUGGCGCUACCCGACGCCGACGGGACGAUCACACUGGAGGACGGCGUGCAGGAGGAGGUGAGCGGGGUCACCGCCGUCGUGGAGGACGUCUCUAACCCGCAAGACACCAGGUCUCCGCGCUCCAUCCUCCAGCAGCUGGUUGAAAACAAGAACCAGGAUGCCGAUAAGGUGGCUAUUCCAGGGGUGGAGCUAAUCCCGGAGGAGGGCGCCGUGGCAACCACAAAGGAUGAAGUUCUGGAGAAAACCGAAGAUCUCCUCGAUCACUUGGAAAAUUUUGAAGGGGUGCGACCAGACGCCAACGCCAAGAAGCAGGAAAACGAUAAGGUGGUUGUUCCGGGGGUGGAGCUCAUCCCGGAGGAGGGCGCCGUGGCAACCGCAAAGGACGACGACGAUCUGGAGAAAAUCGCAGAUCUGCCCGAUCACUUGGAAAAUUUUGAAGGGGCGCAACCUGACGCCGACGCCAAGAAGCAGGAAAACGAUAAUGUGGCAGUUCCAGGGGUGGAGCUCAUCCCGGAGGAGGGCGCCGUGGCAACCGCAAAGGAGGAGGACGCUCAUCGGCACCUGAGCAAGGACGACCUGGAGAAAAUCACAGAUCUCCUCGAUCACUUGGAAAAUUUUGAAAGGGCGCGACCAGACGGCGACGCCAAGAAGCAGGAAAACGAUAAGGCGGCAGUUCCAGGGGUGGAGCUCAUCCCGGAGGAGGGCGCCGUGGCAACCGCAAAGGAGGAGGACACUCAUCGGCACCUGAGCAAGGACGACGUGGAGAAAAUCAAAGAUAUCCUCGAUCGCCUGAUAAGGUUGCAAGCGGCGCCACCCGACGCCGACGCCAACGGGGCGGUCACCCUGGAGGACGGCGUGCAGGAGGAGGCGAGCCCGGUCACGAGGUCCCCGCGCUCCAUCCUCCAGCAGCUGGGAAAAAACAAGAACCAGGAUGCCAAUAAGGUGGUAGUUCCAGGGGUGGAGCUCAUCCUGGAUCAGGGCGCCGUGGCAACCGGAAAGGAGGAGGACGCUCAUCGGCACCUGACCAAGGAAGAUCUGGAGAAGAUCAAAGAUCUCCUCGAUCACUUGAUAGAUUUUGAAAGGGCGCGACCUGACGCCGACGCCAAGAAGCAGGAUGCCGAUAAGGUGGCAGUUUCAGGGGUGGAACUCAUCCCGCAGGAGGGCGCCGUGGCAACCGCAAAGGGGGAGGACGCUCAUCGGCACCUGAGCAAGGACGACCUGGAGAAAAUCAAAGAUCUCCUCGAUCACUUGACACGGUUCCACGUGGCGCUGCCCGACGCCGGCGCCAAGAACUAGGAAGCCGAUAAGGUGGCCGAUAAAGGCGGCGGAGGCGAACAAACGGCGAAGUCCGCUUCCGAGUCGUCACCCCAGCUGCCAUUAGCGACAGACACCAGCUCCGGCGAGGAGGCGGCCAAAAGCAUCCCCAACGGGGAGGACGCGGGCGUCGACACGGCGGAGGCGGAGGUGGGCGAAGCGUAAAGAAGACGCCCACGUGAGCGAAAUGUGUUGACUUUGUUGUUAUUGCUUUGUUGAUGUUGCACACUUGAGGACCAAUUAUCUCCUUUUUUUUUUUGCUCUCUUCAAUAGUCGCACUGCAAGCUUCCUUAUUCCUAUUUUACGGCACGACACAGAACGCACCACACUUUUAUACGCACACUUUUAUACAGCAAUCUGGACUUUCUCUGGGGUUCUUCCAAACACAACAACAAGCCAGGAAGUUCCUAUCAUACCUCGGGUUUGACCUUUAUCCUCCAAAACUUAAAUGCAGGAAAACCCGAGGUAUCACUGAAUGGUUUACUUUUUAGUCCAUCAACAGGGGCCACAAUAUUCUAUAGUCCAUGUCUUUUAACUACUACACUUUUUUCAAAUUAUUAUAUAUUUUUCUAAGUGUUUCUUUGUAUUUAUACGUUAAAUGUGUUUAACAAGUUAUCGGCGCACCUAUCGUCGGAAGUAGUUGUCAUAAACGUGAAGAUUCGUGGCCUCCAGAUAGUGUUGAAAUGUCACUUUUUAUAUUUGUCGUAUUUUCACGUUUCUUAUGAUGGAGAAAAAAUGAUUUUCUUCGCUCAAAUUGUUCCGGUGAGCCAUUAUGAUUGCAGAACUUAUAAUUAUUAGCUGAAGAAAAAGCCUCAUGUUUAAUUAACUUCGGACAGGGCGUGUCCGAUGGUUACAUAAGGUCUCGAGGAGUGUGUGGCACACUCACUGGCUGUAUUGACACUGUUGCUGUUUCGUAAUGACGCCAUCUGCUGGAUUAAAAACAUCACAUUUAACCUAAAAAUGAUAUCAUGGCAAAUGUAAGUUUUUUUAAAAAGUGAUGCACUCCGACAUCUUUCAAUACUGGCGGAAUGUUCUGAUGAACACAGUUUGAUGUUUCACAGUAAAAUGACACAGCGGUUGUAUCGGACACACACAUCAGGUUAUUGAAGGACAUGUUUUACGCCAGAAAAAGUGAGGAUUUUUUUUUUUUUAAUCAACUUUAAAGAAGAAAAAUAUGACAUAAAAAGGGUCUGGCCUCUUAAAAAUUGCAAUAAAGAGCCAAUGUUCCAUUUCUAAAGGCCAUUUUUUUCUUCAAUGUGGGGAAGAGUUAUGCAAAUCCUUCGCGUUAAAAAGAAACGUUUGAAAUCGGCUACAUUUCUCAACUUUUACCCCCUUCUUAAUCCCAUUCUAAAUAUCGUACAGUUUUAGGCACUCACUGAUUUAUUUAUUCUGAAUACCUGCCUGGUUGUGCUUCAGACAUGUCAUCUCGAUAUAUGUAUGGAACAUUUAUUGAUUAAUAAAGUUAUUUCAUCAUCA